GGCAGGCAGUCGCGGUCAAUCGGCGAAAGGACUCCUUGUACCAUCCAUCGGUUAUUCCAAGCGCCGAACGAAGCCUUCGUACUUUGCUGCCUUCCGGUGUGCUUAUUUGCUAAAGCGUGUGCAACGGGUGAUAUUCGCACGCAGAUACGAGAUCCUGCGGCUGGUCACGCAGAGACCACACAAGCGGCCCAAGCGAUCAGGUGUUGAUCAGUACCACCACCACCACAGCAAGCAGCAGGCAGGGCCCCAGCUAGUGGCGGUGCCCAGCGUAACAACAGCCAGGCAACAAGUAGGAAGUACGAGAGCGAGGAGAUCGCCUGGGGCCUACAGCAGUAGAUCCUGGAGCCGAAGCGAGCGUCUUUGGAGCGUUGAGGGAGAUAUUCUACAUGAGCUACGCAGAUAGCCGUGGCGGUGGGGCGGGAGGGCCCAACGGCCUGCUGCCGGAAUAUAACUCCGUUGUAGGCGCAUGGGUCCUGGAGGUGUCCAGCCGUACAGUUGGCGCAGAUUCCAUUUGCAAAGCAACCUGA